CAUGGGAGCGACUCGGGUUGCUGGCCUGGUAAUGGUCCCAGCCCGGUGAGGACCCAGGCGCACUCUGCAGAGAAAGCCCAGCCACAACCUUCCUCUUCAGUCAGUGGUCGGACCUGCGGGGCGAGCUGGGUAAGGGGUACCCGGCCCUGCAGCUGCAGGCCAACCGAAGGACGGCGGAUCCCAUCUGCAGAAGCCCCAGCUCCCGCGUCUAUGGACGCCCUCCAGGAACAGUACAGUCAGCUUUGUUCAGAAAAUGUACGGAAAACUAAUCCUUAUAUACUGCAUAUACUACAAAAACUGGAUGAAGAAAUUAAAAAGAGACCAGAAGGAGGAAUCACAUUAAAUGUUGCUGGUAACAAUCACUUAGUCCCAGUACAAAAAGUAACAGGUGAAGAUUUUUGGCUUCUUACCAAAGUUUUAAAGAACCAGUUACGUAUCCACGGUCUGGAUGUGAGGUAUAACAGCAUAAGUGAUGUUGGUGCCUACUACGCUUCGAAACUGCUUCAGAAACAGCCAAAUAUCACUUACUUAAACCUUAUGUUUAAUGAUAUUGGACCUGAAGGUGGAGAAUUGAUUGCUAAAGCAUUGCAUAAAAACAAAACUCUCAAAUACUUGAGAAUGACUGGAAAUAAGAUUGAAAAUACAGGCGGCAUGGUUUUUGCUGCAAUGCUGCAGAUAAACGCAUCCCUGGAGAAACUGGAUCUGGGCGACUGUGACCUGGGACUGCAAAGUGUGAUAGCAUUUUCUACAGUACUGACUCAAAACCAAGCAAUCAAGGGGAUAAACCUGAACCGACCUAUACUGUAUGGAGAACAGGAAGAGUCUACAGUUCACAUGGGCCACAUGUUGAAAGAAAAUCACUCCCUUGUUGAACUGCAUAUGUGUAAACAUGGCAUAAAAAAUUUUGGUAUGCAACAGCUGUGCAACGCGCUGUUUCUGAACAGCAGCCUACGCUACCUUGAUGUCAGCUGCAAUAAAAUAACUCGUGAUGGAAUGGUGUAUUUGGCUGAUGUACUGAAAAGCAAUACUACCCUGGAAGUAAUAGAUCUUUCUUUUAACAGAAUAGAAAACGCAGGCGCAAAGUACCUCAGUGAAACUCUAACUUCCCACAACAGGAGUCUUAAAGCAUUGUCUGUAGUCAGCAACAAGAUAGAGGGAGAAGGGCUGGUUGCCCUUUCACAGUCAAUGAAAACAAACCUCAUAUUAUCUCAUAUCUACAUUUGGGGGAACAAAUUUGAUGAUGCUACGUGUGUGGCAUAUUCAGAUUUGAUGAAGAGUGGCCGGCUAAAGCCAGAUAACACAGAUGUGGAACCAUAUGUGGUGGAUGGACAUGUCUACCUUGCAGAAGUCUCCAAUGGUCUUAAAAGGCAUUAUUACUGGACGCCAACUUAUGGAGAGGCUUAUGACCAUGCAUCUACUGCAGGCUUUGCUCUUGUUCCAGUCGGCCAACAUCUAUAAGAAACAAGCUUGAAUAGUUUUCACACAUUUGUCUCAUCAUUUUUAGAGACUAAUAUUUUAUAGUCUAUUUUUCCUUUAUAAAUUAGAACAAGUUUUUUUUUAAUCAAAUUUGUUAAAACUUUGUGUACUUGCCCCUUGUUGAGAAAAAACUGAUUCUUAAUAUAGACUACACUGUCAACCCUGAAGAAACCAUGGGACCACUCUAAUUCUUUUUAUAAUGAAAAACAAGUAACAAACACAAAAAACACAGACAGUGGAGUAACAAGCAAAGGUCACAACAGACAUCUUAACCAAAUGGUAUAGUAGAAAGGAUGCAGCUGGGAAAUUUCCCGAGGAUUUCAGAUUUCCAAGUUUAAAGUUCCAAAGUAUUCCACAUAGACUUUUAGGCAUUGCAGACAGGUGUUAGUACCAAUAACACAAGAAAAUAAAAAGUUUUCUUGCAUAGACAGUGACUAUCCUGAGUUUAUACACCCUUUCUGUGUCUGGCUCUUGUUCACUCAAUAUUAGUGCAAUUCACUCAUGUUAUUCAUUGCAGCUGCAGUCCAUUUCUUAUUGCCUUGAAGUAGUAGUCCAUCCUACGCUGAGGAAGAACCCACAGGAGUCUGUAGAGAUGGUCUUUCAGGAUUAGAUAUUCAAGCAUCCCUUAGCAAUGCAGUUGGCUUUCGUGGGUCUCAGUCUACUCCUGUGUGCUACAGUAGGGCCAAAUGUUUACAUAUUCUUACAAGGGGGGGUGUAGCAGGUAAGAUAGAAAGGGACAGCAAAUAAGUCUGCCUGAGCUUGCAGUGGGAGGUAUAUGAUCAACCUGUAUUUGGAACUAUUCUGGGCUACUAAAGAUGGAGCCUUAAUGAGCUGUCCACACAUAACUGCGGUCAGGCCAGUUCAGUGGACAAGUACUGGUUCUAACAAGGAAGCAGUUAUUUUUUAGGGAAGGUUUGAUAAUGCAGUUUUACAGGUCCUUGUUUACUGCCUCAGAGGCCAGCAGAAUGCUCAGACACAUUUAUUCUGAUGCUUUUAUGUCAUUUAGUUCCCUCUAUACAUCUGGAUACCAUCUGAGAGAUAAGGUAGAAAGCAUUCUUCCAAAAGAUGAGCAGGCUAAGAAGCUGUUUUCCACUAGACUUAUCCUUACUCAGGCAAGGACUCGAGGAGACAUAUAAGUUCUGUGGGAGAACUCCACUUCCUCUGUACAUCUUACACUGAAUAAAAUUACAACAUUUUA